UGUGCGGCGGACGCAUGCGCAGGCCAGGCGCGCCCUUCCUCUCGCGCGCCCAAGUGCUUCCGGGCGGCGCGCGCGGGCCGGAAGCGGCGCGCACUUCCGGUGGUGGCGGCGGCCGGCGGCGCCAUGGAGGCGGCGGCCGAGCGGCGGCGGGAGCGGCGGCGGCGGGAGGCGGCGGUGAAGGCCGAGAAGCGCAGCCCCCGGCGCUCCGCCUCCCGCUCUGCGCGGGGCAGCCAGUCGCCGCCGGCCGAGGAGCGGCGGGGCCCGGCCGGGCCGCGCCAGGACAGCCGCGGCCGCAGCAGCAGAUCGCCCAAGAGGAAGAGCAAGUCCGGGCGGAGGAGCCGGUCCCCGCGCGGCAGGAGGAGCCGGAGCCCCCACCACGCCACCGUGAAGGUGAAGCAGGAGCGAGACGAUCAUUGUCGUAGAGGAAACGAGGAGCGAAAGCAGAGGUACCCGUCAGACCAAGAACACAGGAGAGAGAGAAGUGGAGACAGAGAUAAACACAGAGACCACUCAGACAGAAGGAAGAAUGCAAACGAAAGGCCUGGAGUUCGAGGCCAUGAGCGAGAGAGGGAGGUUCAGAACAUCCGUGAGCAGCAAGCAGAGAGGGAGUUUUAUAAUGAGAGAAGACGAGAGCAUCGACAAAAUAACGAAGGUAGUGGUGUUGACCAGAAUCCGGAACUCGGGCAAUCUGAUAACAAACCUAAAGAAAAAGCUGCUGUAAACAAAGAGAAACCAAGCUUUGAACUGUCUGGUGCGCUGCUGGAGGAUACCAACACUUUCCGAGGUGUUGUGAUUAAGUACAGUGAGCCUCCUGAAGCUCGGAUUCCGAAGAAGCGAUGGCGCCUCUAUCCUUUCAAAAACGAUGAGUUUCUCCCAGUCAUGUACAUUCAUAGGCAGAGUGCGUAUCUACUGGGCAGGCACCGCAGAAUCGCAGAUAUUCCCAUUGACCACCCCUCCUGCUCAAAGCAGCAUGCCGUGUUUCAGUACCGGCUGGUGGAGUACACUCGUGCCGAUGGUACCGUUGGCCGCAGGGUGAGGCCCUACAUCAUCGACCUGGGCUCUGGGAACGGCACUUUCCUCAAUAACCAGCGGAUUGAACCUCAGCGUUACUACGAACUAAAGGAAAAGGAUGUACUGAAGUUUGGGUUCAGCAGCAGGGAAUAUGUGCUUCUCCACGAAUCUUCAGAUAAAUCUGAGGCUAACACAAAGGACGAUGAUGAUGAGGAGGAGAAGGAGGAAGAGUCUGACAGUUAACAGAUGAGGAGGAGAUUGAGAGGGGGGUUAAGGGAGAGAAGUUCUUUGCGGUUGAACACAUGUUGGGGUGUAAACGUUGGAGCAUCACGGAACUGAUGCCUCUUACUGCCUUAAAGUCCUUUUUCUGUUGCUGAUCUGUUCUCGUAGUUUAUUUUGGGGGACUUCACUGAUUAUCAUCUUUGAUAGUUCUUCGUAUCAGGAAAUACAGCUUCUUUUUUUUUUUUUUUUUUUAUGCUUUUU